AUGUCUGAAUUCGUAAAUACGCCAAAAUCUGAGUUGAAUGAGGAUCAAAUUAGACAACUGGAGGAGUUUGAACUCAGCCAAGGUCCUUUAUCGGUGCUCCAGCAGAGCGUGAAGAAUAACACUCAAAUAUUAGUCAGUUUGAGAAAUAACAGGAAAUUGCUAGCAAGAGUUAAAGCUUUCGAUAGGCAUUCAAAUAUGGUGCUUGAAAAUGUAAAGGAAAUGUGGACAGAAGUUCCAAAAGGAAAAGGGAAGCAACCAAUCAAUAAGGAUAGAUUCAUUAGCAAAAUGUUCCUGCGCGGCGAUUCCGUCAUUCUUGUCCUCCGUAACAUCGCUUAA